GAGAAAGAAAAAGAGUGAUUGUGGUUUGUAGUGGUGUACGAGGAUUUGGAGUCCUAUAUAUAUGUUAUAUAUGAAUCCAUAAUUAAAUAUAAUUAAUAAUCUAUUAUUAUAUUACUUUCUCAAUAUGAUCAAGUUAUACUUUUGUUGUUGCUAGCCACGAUCUGUAGUAGUCCAGUAUGGAGUAGUAGUAAUUGCAUAGAGAAGGAGAGACAAGCUCUUCUCGACUUGAAGAAAGGCUUUGUCGAUGAUGACAAUCUUCUAUCCUCAUGGACAAGUAGUAGCUCAGAUUGUUGUGCAUGGAAAGGUAUCAGCUGUCAUAACUUAACUCAUCAUAUUAUCACUCUUGAUCUUCAUUCUGAGUCCUACAAAGACCAGUUGGGUGGUGAAAUUGGUCCUUCUUUGCUUGAAUUACAAUAUUUGAGGUACCUCGAUUUUAGUUACAAUCAAUUUACUAAAAUUCCUGAGUUUAUUGGUUCUUUAAGUAGACUCACAUAUCUCAACUUUGAAGGCAAUCCUAUUUUGUCCAUUCCCUCUCAGCUUGGGAACCUCACAAGGUUGCGAUUUCUCAAACUAGGUGGUACUUAUGAUAACAUCAUUAGUACUAAUCUUGAAUGGCUUUCUCAUCUCACUUCUCUUAGAAUCUUAAGGUUGAGUUACAUCAAUAUAACAAAUUCGAAAUCCACAGAUUGGUUUCACUUGAUUAAAAGAGCAAAAUCUUUAUCAAGUUUAGAGUUAUAUGGAUGUAUACUUCAACCAAUAGAUCAUAUCUUCACCAACAAAAAUUCUUCAAAUUCUCUCACCAAUCUUGUUAUUUCAGACAGUACCAUACCUCCCAAAACACUUCCUUGGUUGCUAAAUAUGAGUACCAAUCUAGUUAAUCUCACCUACUUGUUCGCAGAUUACAAAAUAGAUGGUCCUCUUCCAAAUUCUCUAAAGCGAAUUGAAUUAGGGGCCGAUCAAAUUGAAGGUGGAAUAGCAAAUUUAUUGGGGAACCUUUGUAAUCUUCAGGAGUUAAGAUUAUCGAAUUGUAAUACAACUCUUUUUGAUGUUUUAGAAAGUCUUAAUGGUUGUGCUAAAGAUUCCUUAGAAAUUUUAGAUUUGUCAGAUAACCAACUCAGAGGAUCCUUUCCUAAUCCUCAAGCAUUUCCCAUCUUUCUAAGGGAAUUAUACUUGAGUGGUAACCAAAUAGAAGGACCAUUGCCCAAAUAUAUAUCAAUGUUUUCACACCUUAAAGUGUUGGAUGUCUCUUCCAAUAAACUUAACGGUACAUUACCUGAAAGUAUAGGUGAUCUUCAACAUCUUGAGAUAUUGGAUCUCCAUUCAAACUCUUUCACUGGUACUUUACCUGAAAGUAUUGGUGGGCUUCAACAUCUUAAGACAUUGCAUCUCUAUUCAAACUCUUUCACUGGUACUUUACCUAAAAGUAUUGGUGAGCUUCAUCAUCUUGAGAUAUUGGACCUCUCUUUAAACUCUUUCAUUGGUACUUUACCUAAAAGCAUUGGUGAGCUUCAGCGUCUUAAGACAUUGGAUCUCUAUUCAAACGCUUUCACUGGUACUUUACCUAAAAGUAUUGGUGAGCUUCAACAUCUUGAGAUAUUGGAUCUCUCUUCAAACUCUUUCACCGGUACUUUACCUGAAAGUAUUGGUGAGCUUCAAAAUCUUGAAGAAUUGUAUCUCGAUUCAAACCAUUUCACUGGUACUUUACCUGAAAGUAUUGGUGAGCUUCAAAAUCUUAAAGAAUUGGAUCUCUCUUCAAACUCUUUCACUGGUACUUUACCUGAAAGUAUCGGUGAGCUUCAGCGUCUUGAGACAUUAUAUCUCUCUUCAAACUCCUUCACGCUGCUUACUGAAGUUCAUUUUAAAAAGCUUUCCAAAUUGAAGGAUCUUUAUUUAUCUGAUAACUCCUUAACAUUGAGCUUCAAUUCCACUUGGGUUCCACCAUUUCAACUAGAUUAUGUACAUUUGAGGUCUUGCAAGUUAGGUCCACAAUUUCCUACUUGGUUCGAAAACCAAAAAAAUAUCUCUUCAAUUGAUAUUUCAAAUUCUCAAAUUCACGAUGAAAUUCCUGCUAAUUGGCUUUUGAGUAGUCCGCCAUAUUUUCUAAAUUUAUCUUCAAAUCUAUUGCGUGGUCCUAUUCCACCUCAUCUAUCGAAUGUGAGCAUAUUGAUUCUUUCAAAUAAUAGAUUUACUGAUCUAAGGACUUUUCUUUGUUAUCCAUUACAAGGAUCAAUAAAAGUUCUUGAUAUUUCCAAUAAUAUGUUAAGUGGAAGCCUUCCUGAUUGCCAAUGGAAUAUGAAGGAAUUGAUUGUUUUGAAAUUAGAUAACAAUAAUUUGUCUGGAAUAAUUCCAAGAUCAAUCAGUUUGUUGAAUGGAAUUCAAUAUUUGCUUUUGGGGCAUAAUAAUUUCUCAGGAAAUCUUCCUUCAUCCUUAAAGAACUGUACACAACUUCAAGUUCUUGAUGUCGAAUAUAAUAAUUUACAAGGAACUAUACCAUCUUGGAUUGGGGAAGGACUCACAAAUUUGAUUUUUCUACGGAUAAGAUCAAAUCAUUUUUAUGGAAAUAUACCACCAAGUAUGUGUCAUCUUCAAAUUCUUCAAAUAUUUGACAUUUCCAUAAAUGCCAUAGCAGGAUUUAUUCCUUCAUGCAUAAAAAAUUUCACCUCUUCUAUGGUAAAUGAAAGGCAAGAGAGCAAUAUUGAUAUCUCGACAACAGUUGUCAUCGAAGAGAAUCGGGUUCAAAUACAAGAAGAAGUGAUUGAUCUCUCAAGUAACAAUUUGACAGGAAAAAUUCCUCAAGAGUUGACAAACCUCGUUGAAUUGGUUCAACUUAAUCUUUCAAGGAAUAAUUUGAACGAUACAAUCCCUAUGGAGAUUGGGAACUUGAAGAAGUUAGACUCUUUAGAUUUAUCCCACAACAAGCUCUCUGGUGUAAUUCCAACAAGCUUGGCAAGUAUAUCUACUCUGUCUUUGUUGGAUUUGUCGAAUAACAAAUUGUCAGGAAGAAUCCCCACCGGCACUCAACUACAAAGUUUUAAUGCUUCGGUGUACAUUCAUAACAAUGGCUUGUGGGGACCUCCAUUGACCAAUUCAUAUGUUGGAGAUGAGUCUCCAAAUGGUCCUCAAGAUCAUUUGGGUGGUGAUGAAGAUAGUGAAGAUUGGAUUGACAUGUCAUGGCUUCACAAGGGAAUUUGGGUUGGAUUUGUAAUUGGAUUUGUUGGAGUUUGUGGUAAUUUAUUACUCAACACUUCUUGGAGACUCAACAAUUUCGAUUACAUGAGAAAUAUUGGAGAUUGGAUUUAUGUGACUAUUUCUGUCAACAUAAAUUUACUGAAGAGAAGGUUCAUUAACAAUUAGAAGAAUAUUAAUACAAUAAUAAUUAAGGUGGAGAGUUCGUUGCUUUCAAGCUUGAAGAGAUUGCAAUUGGAAACAGUAAUAAAGGAGACUCCAAAAUCAUCAUCAUCUUUUAUUUAUUUGUGUUUGUAAUAUUACAAAAAGGAUUCUCUGUU